ACGUAUACAAAUAUGAAUCAAACCGAAGCCCCGCCCAGGAGUCACUAGUAGUGUGACAGGUUGUCAAGUAACUUGACAUGAACGCUGUUUCCUCGCGUAUGCACAGUCUUACAAAAAAGAAGGAAGUAUAUUUUUGACGGCGUUACAUGUUUCACCCAGCUGAUCUGUUUCGUUUUUUUGUUUUAUAUUCCGGUUAUAUGUGGGGGAUGAGCGCUUGAAACGUAUGUAGUCAAAUGUUGAAUGAGCUCGCGGGAAAUCAAACUAAUGAAGUCUGUUGCCGCAAAUGUUUCCUCGAUCAUUGCUGUUGUUGUUUUGUUUCGCGCAUUUUACGUGGCGGCCAACACCGUGAUCUCUAUCGAUAAUGAUGUCCAGUCUAUACGUAUUGUUUUGGAGUUGUCCCGUGUGGCCCGAAGGGUGGAUGAAAGGUUUCUCUCUGUGGCUAUUGAUGCGAGUUUAAUCUCCGAGGAGAAGUUUAUGAACCUACUUAAUUCACCAAAAUUAAGGACCCUUGCCAAAGCUUUGAUUCCUGCUUUCCUGCGAUUUGGAGGGACUAAACAAGAUUUCAUGAAAUUCAACCCAAGGGGAAGAUAUUUUCAAGCAAGAGAAAACAGUAGCGAAGCUUUUCACUAUUUGGGAGAUUCAUGCAAGAGACUUGAGUUACCUCCAUUUCUUGAAAAGAGCUUGAAGCAAGAAUGGGCCCUACAUUCAAAGAUUUUACUUCAGGAGGAGCUGGAGAGAAAAUACAGAAAAACUAAAUUUUCCCAAUAUGCAGUUGACCUGCUUUACGCUUUUGCAAACUGCUCCGGUUUGGACCUCAUUUUUGGUCUGAAUGCCUUGCUCCGAACAAGUGAAAACUUGUGGAACAGCCAAAAUGCUGAAUUGCUGUUGAAGUACUGUGGGUCCAGGCAGUAUGUAAUGUCCUGGGAGCUCGGGAAUGAACCCAACAGCUAUGAGAAAAAGGCUGGGAUCAGAGUGGAUGGGUACCAGCUUGGUCAGGACUUUGUCCAUUUGCAACAAAUUCUUCAGGAAUCCACACUUUAUCACUCAACAGGACUUUAUGGACCAGAUAUCAGUCAACCACGAGAUCACCACAAAGAUUUGCUAACUGGAUUUUUGGAGACUGGAGCAGAGGCCAUUACUGCAUGCACCUGGCACCACUAUUAUGUGAAUGGUCGAGAUACAUCCUUGGAGGAUUUCCUUGACCCUCGAGUGCUUGAUACACUGGCUACAAAAAUUAACCAGGUCCUCAAGACCGUUCAAUCUGUUUCUCCGGGAAAGAAAGUUUGGCUGGGAGAGACGAGCUCUGCUUAUGGUGGUGGAGCCAUUGGCCUCUCUGAUGCAUUUGUUGCUGGUUUUAUGUGGUUGGACAAACUGGGGCUCGGUGCCAAAUUAGGUUUAGACGUCAUUAUCAGACAAGUGUUGAUUGGGUCUGGCACAUACCAUUUAGUGGAUGAUAAUCUAGAUCCACUUCCAGAUUACUGGCUAUCAUUGUUAUACAAAAGGCUUGUUGGUCCAGAGGUCUUAAAAGCAAAAGUUCUUACAAAUUCAGGAUUUAAAAAGCAAAUACGGGUAUACCUUCACUGCACUAACAGAAAAAGUGCUAAUUACAGACAAGGUGCUGUGACUUUAUUUGCCUUAAACUUAAACAAAAGUCAAGCUACCAUUAGUCUGCCCACCCAUAUAUCCAACAGCACUAUUGAAGCCUUUAUACUUCAGGCGGCUGAGCCAGGUGAAGAGGGCCUUUAUUCAAGGUCAGUCAAAUUAAAUGGAAAAGUGCUAACGAUGGUCGAUGACCGAACCCUUCCACCACUGCAGGGAUCUGAGCUGCCUCCUGGAGAUCAGAUCCAGCUGCCCGGGUUCUCGUUUGCCUUCUAUGUUCUGACUCAAGCACAAGCUUCAGCAUGCAAAUGAGCUCACUCAAAAACAUUGUUUUCAUUGUCUGGAGAAUCAGGACACAGAAUAUUUUAUGAACAAAUAUGAUGGAAUAUAUUGUUGCGACAUCACUCUUUGUAAAUGAACUUCAAACUUAAAUAUGAAUGUAAUUUUGUAUUGUGUUGAAAUUAGAAAGCAGUGUUUUUAUUUAUGAAAAUUCAUAUUUAUUAACAUUAUUGAGCCUAAAAUGCCAAAAAAAUACUGAAUAAUCAAUCAUUUAUGAACAGCUUGUUCACCUAAAAAUGAAAAUUCUCUCAUUUACUCACUUUCAUGCCAUCCCAGAUGUUUGACUUUCUUCUCCUGAACACAAACACAGAUUUCUAGCUCUGUAGGUCCAUACAAUGCAAGUGAAUGGAUACCAAAACUUUGAAGCACAUAAAGGCAGCAGAAAAGUACUCCACAUGACUCCAGUGGUUAAAUCCAUCUCUUCAGAAGCUAAAUAAGCCUGGGCUCUAUCUUCUCUCCUAAGAGUUGUUCUUAUGUUCUUGGUGAUUCACAAUCUUUGUGCAUAUUGCCACCUACUGGACACGGAGGAGAAUUGUUUAGUGAAAAGGGACUUAACAAUUGAUGUUUGUCACUCACACUUAUCAUAUUGCUUCUGAAGAUAUCAAUUUAACAUCUGAAGUCAAAUGGAUUACUUUUAUGCUGCCUUUAUGAGCUCUUGGAGCUUCAAAGUCCUAGCCACCAGUCAUUUGCACUGAAUGGACCAACAAAGGUAUAGUUUCUAAAAAUCAUUGUUAGUGUUAAGUACAAGACAGAAUGUCAUACACAUCUGGGAUGGCAUGGGGGUGUGUCAGUGAUCAGAGAAUUGUAAUUUGUGGGUGAACUAUACCUUUACUGAAGUGGAAAAACUUUGAACUUAUUUAGAUUUUCAAAUAAACCAGUUUUCUGCAGUGAGUCCUUUUUUGAGGUAGUUCUAUCAUUUAUAAAUACACUCAUCUUUUGUAUAAAUCUUGUUCCCUUUGUGUCUAACAGCUUAAGGGCAUUUUGAAUGGUAUCUUCAGGGUCAAUAUCUCUGUGCAAGCAAAUCCGAAUUCAUUUUGUGUCUUUCCUUUUGGAAGCUUAUUAAGAGCUGAAAAAUGAUGAAUUAAAUGUAUUUUUUUUGCAUGCAAGCUGAUUGAAUUUGCUCAUUAAAUUUCCCAACAACUUUUUCAUUUGAAAAUAAUUUAUCCUCUUGGUGAUAAAGAUACUUUAACUAAAGCUUUUUUCUGACCAUGUUGUUUCUCUCAAACACAUUGAGAAACACGGUGAAAUGUAUGGGACCACUUGCCUCUUUCAACAUGUCUUCACACUCGUGCUUCCCUAUGGAAAGUGUCCGCCAUCAGUCAACACAUGCAAACCAAGCAUGCCAUUAGUAAG